CAUAUAUAUUAAUGAUGUAGAAUAAUAUUAGAUAUAUAAAUAUAAAAUUUGAGAGUGGAAAGAAAAGGGUUUGCUGAAGGCGUUGAAUUGAGCAGUUUGUGUUUGAUUUUGCAAUUGGAACUGCAUCUUCCUCAUGUCGAUUUCGGGCAUCCAGGGGCAGCCUCUUGAGGUUACGGUGGUGUCCUGCUCCAAGCUGAAGGACACAGAAUGGAUUUCACGGCAAGAUCCCUACGUUUGCAUUGAGUAUGGCAGCACCAAGUUCCGCACCAGAACCUGCACCGACGGCGGUAAGAACCCCGUCUUUCAGGAGAAGUUCGUCUUUCCCCUCAUCGAAGGCCUUCGGGAGAUCAACGUCCUUGUUUGGAACAGCAACACUCUCACCUUCGACGAUUUCAUCGGAAGCGGAAAGAUUCAGCUGCACAAGGUUCUCUCUCAAGGCUUCGACGACUCCGCUUGGCCACUUCAGACCAAAUCUGGCAGACAUUCUGGUGAAGUCAAAGUCAUACUGCACUAUGCAAUUGCAAAUCAAAGGCAGAAAUCAGGGUCAGGCCAUGCUACAUCUGAACCUCCCUAUGUGCCAACACCAACUCCUCCAUUCCCUUCACAUUCUAAUCCUUAUCCUGCAUCCUCCUACCCACCACCUCCUCAUUCUACUUCCUCCUAUCCACCACAUCCUUCUGCUACUGCUUACCAUACAACUGGAUCAUACCCACAAGUGGCAUCCACACCCUCAUACCCACCUCCUCCCACAGCUUACCCACCCCAUCCCUCACAUUCAUCUCCCUAUCCACAGCACUCCUACUCUGCAUCAGCUCCCUAUCCACCCUCCUCCUAUCCCCCUCCACAAUCCUAUCCGCCUGUUUCAGCUUAUCCACCAUCUUCGUAUCCACCGCCAGCAGGUUAUACUCCUGGGAUAUACCCUCCACCGCCAUACUGACGAGGAUCUUCUACAUUCGCAACCAAGGAAGCGACAUAACGUGGCUUGUACAUCACUUUAUAACCCUAUCCCAGCUUUAUUUGUUAUCAGAAACCCUGUUUUUGUUUUGUUUCGUUUCUUAUAUUUUUCCUUUAAGUAGUUUUUAUUCGACACAUUUAUUUAGUCGGGUUUAUUAUAUAUAAAACUCUAGCCAAGGUUUGUCAAUUGUGAUGCUCCAUAUCCAACGCUGUUGCAUAUAAGUUUCUCUUCAAUUGCUACCGGUAAAAGGGAUCAUGCCAAAAAGUAUGCAGGGCUAUGAUAGAUGGUUUUGGGGAACGAAACUUUGAUACAACUGGACACUUAGCAGCCUCUUUUGUUUUUUGAUUUACUUUACUGCUUAUCACUGUUCAAUGUACUUCGAAAAGGGAAGGUCGAAGUUCUUUCCUAUGCUUGUUCAAAGAGUCUGUAACUCUUGUGUUUUGAAUUUUGUCUGUCUAGCGUGUUUAUGCACAUUCAGAUGCAGUUGGAUGUUUUAGUGAACAAUUUUUUCCAGUUUUA